AUGACAACGCCAUCCGGCCAAGAAGAAGGAGGAGAAGACAGCAAGCCACAGGAUGUCACCCACACAGAGACAAAGCUAGAAGAGGCGUUUCAUCCCGAUGAACCCGGCGGUUGUCCCGAGGAAAUCUCAGAAGGUGCUACUGUGGUGGCCAAGGGCAACCAUGUGGUCCCUGCCGGUGUUGCAGUGGAAGAACUCAAGAACUACGGUGGCCAAAAGGAUUUGAAGAAUCUCUGCCCGGAUUCCGUCCGUGACUGGUUGACCAGGAAGGAGUUGUGGCAUGUCUACGACAAGUUCGUCGACUCUGUCGUGGCGGAUCGCAGUACCCGAGGACCGCUGGGCAAAUGGAAGGAUGCGCAGUUCAUUUCCGUUCUGGAUCAGUUUCGCGAUGACUUUGCCGAGCAGGGCGUCAAAGUGGCCCUCUGUAAGCGACGAUCUGGGAGUGGGACCUUUCGGUGGUUGGAAUUUAUUGAUCGAACGGUGGCCGGCGAUUAUGUACCUCAAUUUGAUGUGGCCAAUCUUUCCGGACAAGUCAUCAAUACCUGCUACACAAAACUUGAAUUCCCCAAUGGUGUGGCCGUGGAAGAACUCAAACAAUGGCGUGGCCGUGAAAGGUUGAAAGAGAAAAUUCCCAUUCAAGUGGAGAAAAUGUUGCAAGAACACAAUCUGAUGGAGGAAUAUCAUCAGAUGGUCAAUCAUUGCAUUGAGGCGGGAUGUGGAGCCAAGUUCAAGAUGUGGAACAUUGACAAACUCAAAGAAAUUAUGCUGAUCUAUCAACCCAUGUUUGCCGAAAAGGGUGUGGAUGUCUUUGUCAGUCACAAGCAGGAAUAUGUCUCUCAUGGCCAAUAUGGUGGACACAACGAAUAUUUUCGCUGGAUUGAAUUUGUGGAUCGCAAGAAACAACCCAACUAUCAUCCUCAGCGGGAUGCAGAGUCCAAGAAGCAAGUUUGUGUCAUCUCCUAA